AUGAGAAAACCGCCUCCCCAGGUGUUCGACUCGUGGCCCGAGCCGAAUUAUGUGGAUCCUGAGCAUAAAGGCCCCGAAUUGAUUAUUGUUAGCCUCACCUUUACCUCCAUUUCUUUCGUUAUCGUGGGCCUUCGGAUGUUUGUCCGUCUUCGUAUAAAGAAACCUGCUGGAUGGGAUGAUUGGCUUAUGCUGGCUACUUUGCCUUUUAUUGCGGGAGGGACUGCCUCGUCGAUCCUAGGCACAUAUCAUGGAUGGGGCUAUCAUAUGUGGGAUAACAAACCCGAAUGGACCGAACCUGCCGGGAUGUCGAGUUGGUUCAGUCAGCUGAACUCCAUCAUCAUUAUGACUCUCGUCAAGCUAUCGAUCCUAGUCUCGUACCUCCGCAUAUCCGUGGCGACCAAAUUUUUCAGACGAGCUACUUGGGUUAUGAUUACUAUGAUUGUAUUAUGGGGCCUCGCACUCACCCUCUCUCUAUUCUUCGUUUGCGUGCCGCUGCAUUUUUACUGGCACAAUCGUUCGGACAAGCACUGCGUGAAGGACUCCGCCCGUGUAAUCAGCGGGUCGAUUACCAAUGUUAUUACUGAUAUUCUUGUCUUUGUCUUGCCGAUUCCGACGCUCUGUAAACUGCGUCUUCCUAUGCGCGAGAGAGUUAUUCUUGCUAUUCUUAUGAAUUUGGGACUUAUUUCAUGCGUUGCCUCUAUUGUGCGCGCUUACUACUCACAUGUGAUCUUUCAUUUAACAGAUGAUACCACAUGGGAAGGUUAUAACAUUUGGUUAUGGAACGCCGUUGAAGUUAACUUGGCUGUUAUAUGCGCAUCAACCCCGAUGCUUCGACCUUUGGCGAGAAAGUGGUUUCCGCGUUUGGGUCUCAAGUCCUUCAGCAGUGAGGCUCAAAGUGACAAGCCAAUUGACAAGCUGCCUUCUGAAGCUUAUAUUGACCGUCAGCUGGCAACAUUAAAGAAUAUUAGUGAUGAAGAGAGCGCCUUGGGUAUCAUUGCACCCGUUGAUCCUAAGGCGGUUCUCAGAUAA